AUGUCCCUAGAGCAGCGUUUCUCUAUUGAAAAGUUCAGGCCAUACCCUGAUGUUACCGCCUUCAUUUUGCAAAACUGUAGCGGCAACAUGAGCUUGCCCCCCAAAACAGGACGUCUGAAGACAGGGUUUCGUCCUGUAGGAACAUCUUCUGGACGUCAACCUGGGACUGCUAGCAGACUUGCAACAGCAAUGAACCCUGGGACUGCUCAUCCUGGUGCUCGAACUGGCACAGUUGGUGCAUUGAAUGCACAAUUGACUGUGGUUGAUCGUCCCACCACUCAGCAAGGACUUGGAACCAUGAAGACUGGAGUUAGAGGUCCACAGAGACAAGUUCAAGAUAAGACAUACUACCUUGGUGUGAUCAGAGCUAAAAACAAUGAAUUGACUGCAGAGAUUGCCAGGCUGAAGAAAGAAGUAGAAUGUGUAAAUGAAGAAAAUUCCCGCUUUCUCUCAUAUGAAAAAAGAGCAGAAGCUUUAGCUGCUGAAAUCAGAGAUUUACAAGGAGAACUUGGAGAUUACAACACUCUAGUCGACAAACUCACAACAGAUGAAGACAUCAGAGAUGUAGAAAAUGACUACAAUGAUCUGAAAGCCCAGAAUGCUAAAGAAAUAAAGAAUCUUGAGAGGUUAUUUGAGAUGAAAAAUGAACGUGAAAGCCAAAUCAAACUUCUUGAACGAGAACUUGAACAAGAGAAAGAAUUGGCUGACAGUUUGAUCAAUGACAUGGAACCAGAAAUGAAAAAAACAUACUUCAAAUUAAAAGAUAAAAAUGAACAUUUCCUUGAUAUAAUGGAGAAAAACCAGCAAGAAAUUGAUGCCAUGAAUAUCAAAAUUCAGAAUCUUGAAGAAGAAUUAAUGAUGUCACCUACAAAACAGAAAGCAGUGCGUCUGUACAAACGUAUGCAUGACUUGGAGGCUCAGAAGAACAGUCUACUCGAAGAGCUGAAUUCAAAAGAGAGUCCCGAGGAAGAAAGGAACCGCCUUCUGCAGCAGCUAAAGUCAGAUAAUCAGGAAAUUGCCAGCAUCGAACGCCAGAUUCAGUCACUGCAAAAUGAAUACCAAAUUUUACAGGAUGAAAUGAGGCAACUAGAAAGUGACAUUCAAGAAAGCCAAAGUGAAGGCUACCAAAAAUAUCAGAAAUUGAAAAAGAAAGAAGCUGCAAUAGACGAGUUCCUAGAGAAUUUCGAUCAGAACCAUGAACAUGAACAGACGGCUAUGAAACAAGCUGAAGUUAACAUUGUCUCCCUUCUUGGAAAGAUCAGUGCGAAUCUUAGCCACUCCACCCAGAUGCCAUCUUCUGAAGAGUUUUUGACCAUGAAGCAAGAUUUGAAUUUCAAGGAAGAUGAAAUGAAGAAAUCUGAAAAUACAGCAUCAACUCUGACUGCAGAAAACAAGAAACUACAAGAAGAUCUUCAGAAAGUGGAACAGUUGGAGAAUAAAGCUCAUCAGGAGAUCAAAUUGCUGGAGACAAAGAUUGAAAAAAUGAAAGAAGAACUGGAGCAGUAUCAAGAUAUUCAGGGACUCAAACAAAGAUCGGAACAAAGAAAAGAGAAAUUACUCUAUGAUAAAGAAAUUCUGCAAACAAGAAAAAAUUAUUUAAAGAAUUUGGUUGAAAGUAUAGCUUCAAAAUAUGAAUCCCUAAAGGCUGAAUUGGCUGAUAAUGAAACAAAUACACAGUUGUCCAACUAUGAGAAGAAAUGGCAGCAACUGGAACAAAACAACCAAACAAUGAAAGAAUAUAUUGGCUCCAAAACUGCCGAGUGUGAUUACAAAUCCAUGCAGAAAGAGGCAUUUGAAUGUGUCGAUGCAUACAACCAGCAACUACAAAUGAGGCUUGAAAUAAAUAACCUACUCUAUUAUUUAAACCUUUCUCUUUCUCUAUUUCUCUCACUCCCACUCUUUAUAUAUAUGUUUGUUCUUAUCUCUCUCUCUUUCUCACUCUCUUCUUCUCUUUAUAUAUCUUUUUGUUCCAAUCUGCCUCUCUAUUCCACUCUUUAUAUAACUGUUCUUAUCUCUCUCCUAAUCUUUAUAUAUUUGUUUGUUCUUAUCUCUCUCUCUCUCUCUCUCUCUCCCCCAUAG